GGAACGACGGAGCUGCGCGAGCUUGAGCAGUGCGUUUACUCGUUGAGCAGCAGGAAGGAUGCGUUUCUUCACUCCGGUUUAUCUACAGCUUGUUUAUUCUUAUCGAAAGUGAGUGGUGAUAUGGUUAUUUUUUUUUCACGGGUGUUCACUUUAUAUUUGUUUAAAUUCACGGGGGCGAAAAGUGCGGUGAGUGUGAAGAGCGCGAGGAGGAAACAGAGAAGAAGACACCUGGUGAUGAAAGUACAAAGCGUCGGGUGUUGAUAAAAGGUUUCACAGUUUACUGGAACUCACGGUGUACCACUGGAAUCUGCAUGUUGCUUCAACUCUGACGUAACCGUACAAGAUACAAAUUAUCUUCCGCAGAUUCAUCUUAUAAUUGGAAGUCUGUAUUUGCAAAGAUGCCCAUCUUAAAGCAACUAGUAUCAAGCUCAUCUCAGACCAAGCGACGGUCUCGCAUGGACCUCACCACGGAAAUGAUUAGUGCUCCUUUGGGUGAUUUCCGUCACACCAUGCAUGUGGGUAGGGGUGGCGAUGCUUUUGGGGACACGUCGUUUCUCAGCAGCCGUUCUGGGGAGCCUCCACAAGAUGCAAGGUCUAAUCCCCGCUCUCCCAAGCUGAGCCUACUGUCCAGAACCUUCAGAAGCAGCAAACGCUCUCAGUCCGUCACCCGUGUGGACCAACAGGAUGGCUCACAACUACCCCCGGGUGGCUCGCCAACGUAUGUGAAGAAUGCCCUGUCGCUGCCCUUUCUGAAUGAUGAGGCAGGGGAUACUGAAGGGGGUAGGUUGUUACAGAGCCUGGCCUCCAGCCCCAUGAAGCAGCAGGCCUCCAAUGGCGCAGCUGCUCAUGGCCUAGACCUGGAGCUCCACGAAAGGUCCUUCGGGGAAUUGACUGAAUUGCGACCUUCUCCAGCUUAUAAUGGUGGAGGCAUGAAGCAUGCCGAGUCAGUUAUGUCCUUUCAUGUGGAUCUGGGGCCUUCCAUGCUAGGAGACAUUCUCGGAGUCAUGCAUAAGGAAGAUGAUGACCUGGGUUUUGAGGAGGGCAAAAACAGUGAGGGACGCGCUUCGCCUCUUCUGAGCCACCAAGAAGAACCGGAGGAGGAGGAAGGAAUGAGAUCAGACGAGGCGAGUAGAAGAGAAGAGGAGGAGGACCAGGAGAUGGAUCUGGAGGUAGAACAAGAGCGUACUCUUCAUGCCCCCAGUUCAGUAGAUCUGGAAAUUAAGAGUGAAGUCAUUAGCACUCCUGAGCUUCAAGGCAAACACCUGCAGCACUCUGACAGCUGCUCUGUCUCCAGCUCUGGCUCCCAAGCCAUAGAGGACAAACAACCCUUCCAGCCCUAUCAAGUAGACAUGGACAGCACUAACUACAGCUACCACCCAGUAGAGGAAGGAGCCUUCUCUUCCUUCUUGGAGGAUGAGGAUGAUGAGAUCCGUGUGUGAGACUAUGAGACGUGUGGGAAUAUAGACUUGUAAGCAACUGUGUUAAUGAAACUGACGGUCUAGAACUGCUUCUGGAGCCUGUGAGGGAGUUGAGCAAAAGCAGAGGACCCCUAGCACCACUAUCAGACAUGUUCACUCAGCCUGCCUCCGGCAGCUGCCACUUUUUGUCACUGGAUAUGUGAGUGAUGAUGUGGGGAAAAAAAAAAAAAAAGUAAAGAAAUGUCUAAUGCCUUAACCUCAUCACUUCCAUCUUCUCACUCCAACAUUGGUUAUUUGUCAAUAAGGUUUCUGGUUGUGUUUUAUACAGGUGCUGGCUAUUGGUAUUUCCUGACACAAGUAUACUUUCACUACACAAUAUAUAUAUACAUAUACACUCUUUGCUGAAGGUUCAAAGUAGCAUGAAGCCAGUGCCGGUAUGCCCACAGGACAUGUUGUUGUGUAGCUGCCUGGUGUGAGGAUGAGUGUAAAAUCUUUGACGGUAAUUACAACAUUGCAGUGCGUGUGAAGGAUUUUGGUUACACAUCCUGUUAGACACUGUCAUUAGAGCAGCUGACUGAGAAAGAUUGGAAAUCAUUCUGUGAUAAAGAUAACAAACCAGAAACUGAAAGGAAGUGCAGUGGCAGAUGUUUUGCUUUCUCCUUUCCUUCCACUAACUGUCCAUAAUUCUGUACUGGUAGUGGUGACAGCUGGGAAGCUUCAUGUCAGAAGGGAUUCAUGUUUGUAGAGGAUUUUGUAUCCUGGCUGCCUGCGUGGUGUCUUUAUCUCACCACUUCCUUCCUCAUCAUGUGACAGUAACAAUUCGGCUCUGCAGCUAGCUGGUUACAGUAGUGCAUAAAGCAUGCUGUAUCUUCUGUUAGCCAGGACCAGUCUGUGAGAUCGCUCGCAACCGUGUUUUUCCUUCGUAGCAUUAUUAGAGCAGUUCAGAAGACAACGCAGUGAUUAAGUCUAACUCUUUUUUGUUAUAGGAGGUAGUGUGUUUCCAUUUAGCACCACUGAAUUGUUGAAGCACCUGGGUGAGUGACAACUUGUACACUAACUUGUACUUUGUUACUUUUAUUAUUUGCUCGCAAAAAUCAUGUUGUAAAAUGUAAAUAUGCGAGGCCUUUACUGCUGCAGUGUUUUCUUUAGCCUCAAGUAGAAAAGAAAAUUAAGUGCCAAAUUUAAUCUGCCAUGUAAUCCUAAAUAAAACUAGCAAUUUGUAUAUCAUCAGACAAGGGAUUUUACAGUCUACAUCCUUAAGUGACAUUAUUCAAAUAAGGGGCUAAAACCUUCUACUUCAUUUACAGAAAUCCUUAGCUUGAGUGUAUUUGCCUAAACCACAGAAGAGCAAAAUCACAGAAGUUCCAAAAUGCUUGCCUUUUUUUUUUUUUUUUUUUUUGGAAAUAUGUUUUGAAUAUUUAAGAUAUGGGGAAAUAGUUCCAGAUUUGCUGUGCCAGCUGCAUUUUAAUUCAAAUCCAGUCUUCUAAAAGAUAACACUGUUUAUUAUUGCUAUUUUGCUAGCCUUUAUUACUUCAAGUCCUCUUAUGCAUACAUUUCUUGCUUGGAUGGCCUUGUUUUGAAAAUGCAACAUAACUAUAUUUUUCAAUAAAAGGUUGUAAUCACCAA